CGAGGAAAGAGGGUUUGCCAUGAUCUGGACUGAGGCGGCUGAGACCAGGAACCAUUGUUCUGCUCCUAAUCCGAGUCCAAGACGAAAUUCGCGAGGUUUUUUUUCAUGCAUCCAGCCAAACCUCACCUCCUUUUCAUGGGUUGUCGACCGCAAAUGGUUGACACGUUUACAAAAAAAAAAUAGGAUAUAUUUAUAAAACCUUUUAAGGCUAGCCUUUUUUUUUGUAUUUUUUUCCCUCUACUUCUCGUUUUCUGUAGCAACCACAACCCGAGGGCGAGAUCCAGGGCCGUGCAUUUUUCCCCCCCUUUCGGUCAUCUGCUAAAUGGAAAUAAAACGCGGAGCAGAAAGUGGAAACAGCCGAGGUAAUGAUCUCCCAGCCCGUUAUCUGCGGCUCCUGGCCCCGCCCUUGCAGCUCCUGUCGGCUGCAGUGUGGCAAGUUGUGCAGCAGGGACUGGUGGAUCACUAUGGGAUGCUAGAAGAGUUUGUUACCAUGGUGACGGAGCUGGUCCCAGAGCUGAUGAGCUACAGUCAGAGGGCUCAGCUCAUCCUUGGCCUCAGGGCCAGGCUGGUCCUGGAGCUCUGUCGAGGAGAUCACCCAGUGGACAUGCAGACCAUUCAGCCACAUCUGGACAGGAUAAAAGCUCCUGUCAGCACAGCCAAGGAUCACCAUGUAACUAUAAACCAGGUGGAGGAGUCUGAGGUGAACUUUGUUGAGCUGGUUCACUCGUUACUGGAGGAUCCCUCUGAGAGGAAAUACUUUUUCCAAGAGAUUUUCCCUGUGUAUUUCGGCCCAAAGUAUGAUGCAGCCCUGGAGAUGCUGGUGUGGGAGUUUAUAUCGAGACUGGAGGAGCUCAUGCCUGUUCCCGACUUCACCCAGUUGGCAGCUUUGCUGAAAGACGCUCCGUCAUUUCUUGACGACUGUUUACGAUCAUUUUUCCCACCAGAGGACAUGAAGGCUGUUCUUGAUCACCACAGGAGCCUUGGUCAUUUUGAAGAAAAGGAUCCGAGUCUUUUACCAAUGGAUGACUGCAUCCUCUCGUCCCUCUCACUGCCUCCCGGGACCAGACCUGUUAUAAACGCCACCUCUCAGUCUCCUGCUCCACCUAAAGACUCACCCACCCCUAUCAACACCAGCAGCCAGGAAAGAACAAGCAUAAGGGCAUCUGACACGCUGAGACAGAAACUGAGAGAGGAACGAGAAUCCGGUGCUUGGCAGCUGCAGGCCAGGAACAUGAACAUUUCUCAGGAACGGAAAAUGCAGAGCUCAUCACAGCCUUGCAACGAAACCAUUGACCUCACUAUAUCCAACGAAGGCGCUGACUCUGAGUCAGAGGCCAGCGAGAGCACCCCUAGCUUACUGGGCUCUCACAGUGCAAGGAAGAGGAAGCUGAGUGGAGGCGCGGAGGUUCCCAUGAAGCAGAGUGCAGAGGCUUCAGCCAUUGUAAAUUCCUCAGUGGAUGAUGAGAAUUCAGGUGAAUCUCCUCUGAUCUCUAUAUGGGGAGAAUAUACAGACUCUCAGGAACGUCCUUUCCCAGUUCUUAUGGACUCAAAGGUUCCCUGGUCAGAUGAAGAGACGCUCCAUCUGCUUGACAUCUGGGGGAAGGAUUCGGUGCAGCAAGCCUUGAAGGGCUGCUUAAAGAACCGCCACAUAUUCACUCAAAUCGCGCAGAAGAUGGCCGAGAGGGGCUACAUGAGAACCGUGGAGCAGUGCCAGACGAGGAUCAAACGGCUGAAGAAAUGCUUCCGCCAGAGCCUUAAAGGGAACUCGAGGCCAGACCACAAAUUUUAUUCGAAGCUUGAGCAGAUUAUCGGCUCGUCGUCUGCCUCGUCUGUUCCUGAGAUAACCUAUGAUGUCGAGGAAGUCAUAGAUGAUGACGAGACCCAAGACGGGGAGGAAGACCUUCAGUUUGUCGCACACUCUGGCCAGCUGGAAAUUGGAACUCGAAGCGUGCCAUGGACAGACAUGGAGACUUUAGCCCUCAUAAAUAUAUGGAGAGCUGACAAAAUGCAGCAGGAGCUCAGAGGGAAUCGAACCGGACACAUAUUCUCCAUCAUAUCCAGCAAGAUGGCUGCCUUGGGCUUUUCCCGCACGCCGGAGCAAUGCCAGACAAGGCUGAAAAGACUCAAAUCCAGCUUCAGGCAGUGCUACCAGAACAAUUUGAAGGGACAUGAGCAAGUUCAGUGCAAGUUUUACAACGAGCUUGGAAGCAUUUUAGUGAAGGACUUCCGGUCGAUGAUGCAGCUGGAUGACAUAUCAGUGAAGGAUGAUGACGGCGACUUCCCCUCCUACAGUCACCAGAAAAUCGAGUCUGCUGUGGGAGUUCAGGAGGACCGGAAGAAAGUGCCAUGGUCCGACAAAGAGACCAUCAUCCUGCUGGAGGUCUGGGGUGACCCACAGAUGCAGCAGUGUCUGAGGCGCUACCCGCACAACGGACACAUCUUUACGGAGGUAUCGGAGAAGCUCAACGCUAACGGAUACUCCCGCACCCCGGAGCAGUGCCACACCAGGAUCAAACGGCUGAAAACGGCCUAUCGCCAGUGUAAAGAGAACAUGAGCUCAUCUGGGACGGACCGAGUCGACUUUAAAUUCUAUGAUCUGCUGGAACAGAUUCUGGAAAAGCAGCCAUCAACGUCGUCCGCCAUCGUAACGGACUCUAUUGAAAUAUCGGAAGACUCCAAUGGAGAAUCGGGAACAGAAAGAGAUGGAGAGACCCACGAAGUAUCAUCAGAAAAACCAGCAUCCAGCACAUGGUCAGACGAGGAGACCCUGGGUCUUAUCGAGAUCUGGGGUGAAGAGGACAUCCAGCGAGCUCUGAGGGGCUUCAUCCAUAACGGGCACGUUUACGCCGAGAUCUCAGAGAGGAUGCAUGACCUCGGCUUCUCCAGAACCUCGGAGCAAUGCCGCUCCAAAGUAAAAUCACUGAGAAUCAACUUCCGGCAGUGCUACGACAGGAAGAAGAGCGGAAGAAAAACAGAUUACAAGUUUUAUCAUCAGCUGGAACAAAUCCUGGGACCGGAGGCCAUAAACAUUGAUGAGUAUGAUGACCGGGAAGAACACGCUGAAAUGGAUCCAGGAGGUGCAGAUGAACAGACAAACACGGCGUGGACCGAGGAGGAGACGGUCGCUCUCGUCGAGGUGUGGGCCGCUGAUGACGUGCAGCACAGCCUGAAGACCUCCAUGCGUAACGGGCACGUGUACGCCGACAUAUCCGAGAAGCUGGCCUCCCUCGGCUACCUGAGGACGGCGGAGCAGUGCCAGCUGAGGAUCAAGAGGCUUAAGAAGACCUAUAGGCGCUUCUGCAACAAUCGGAGAAACGGAGGGAGGCCAACAGUGUUUCGGUACUUCAACCUUCUUGCUCCGGUGCUCGGUGAUGAUUUGGCGUUUUCCGGUGUAGACGGUUCUACAGCCGAUACCUUAGGACCUCUAACGGACCACGAUCCUGUCAUGUACGAUCAGCCCUCAACCAGCCACCUCCUGACUGACAUGAGCAGAAAGACACCCUGGUCUGAUCAGGAAACCCGCACCCUGCUGGAGAUCUGGGGCGAGGACAGCGUCCAGCUCACCUUGAGAGGAUGUCUGAAGAACCGACACGUGUUUGAGUACAUCUCUGAGAAGCUAAGCAACCACGGCUUCAUAAGGACCACCGAGCAGUGCUACACCCGCAUGAAGCGCCUUAAAUACAGCUUCGUCCAUGAAAAGGAAGAAUUCAAAUUCUUCAAUGAAAUGGACAAGGUUUUCAGAAAGGAGAUAAACAUGGACGAGUCUGUUGUCAACCCGUUUAUUGUAGAUGAAUCAGAUGACUUCACACCUGAAGUCCACCAAAUGAAAGUAGCUUCUGGUAACCACUGGCUGGCCGACAGCUCUAAGAUGGCCUGGGGGGACAGCGAGACUGAGGCCCUGCUGGAAAUCUGGGGCAGUGCAGAGAUCCAGGAGAACCUGAAGGGCGGCAACAAGAACAAAAGCAUCUAUAAGCAGAUCUCUCAGGUCAUGGCCAGCCAGGGCUACCUGCGCUCUCCUGAACAGUGUCAGUCCAGGGUAAAGAGGCUGAGAGCCAACUUCCGACAAUUCCUGGAGGGACGACAAGGGGAUAAACAGGAGUGCAAGUUUUUUGAGAAGUUGGUUCAGAUUUUCGGCACCAAGUACGUGAUGAGCUCCGAUUCGUUGGCUGAUGAUACGCCUGAAGUCAUAGAGUCUUAAAAUCCUUCCUCUCCAUGGUGACGAUGCAGCAGCUGCAGAGGAACUGAGACACUAAAGCUGAAGUCUUCACUGUUACCACAGAAAAGCUCUCUGUAGAUACUUUAAAUACUUUGACAUUCUUUAGAGGCAGACCUUGUUCAGGCUGACAUCGUCUGUAGGUGUGUAUGUGUGUAUGUAUGUGUGCGUGUCCCUCCUCUUGAGUGUCUUGUGAUGAAUAAAAACCAGAGCCAUGACACGAGGCGCUCAGGACUCGGAGGGGAAGGCGGACGCAGCGCUCCUCUGCGAGAACAAGUUUUUUGUAGUUAUUCAUUUUUACUUGAACCUAAAGAGACUGAAUCGAAGCACACGUGAGUUAAAGACACAGCGCAGCCCUUACUGUUACCACAGACUUGCUUUUUAAUCUCGGUCUUCAUCCCGUUGCAUCGCCCUACACUUGUUUAUCCAGUCCUAUCGUCCAAUGUGCUUACAAUGAAAAAUAUCCAAGUCUCCUCUUCUGUACCCAGUGUGAGUUAACUUUGUCCAGAAUUUUAUUUAUUUAACUUAUAUAUGUAUUUUAUAGUUUUCCAGUUCGUGUCGCCAAACCUUAUUGCAGUAAAUUUGUGCCACAAAAUGUCAACGUUUUUUCAUAUCCAUUAAAAGCAAACAUGUAUUGCCUGAUUGUGGGUUCA